AUGUGCUUGUCAAGAUAUUACCACGAUCUGCACCCGAACCCCUGCACUCCCAAACCCCUGCACUCCCAAACCCCUGGCACUCCCAAACCCGCUUGCACACCAAACCCCUGCACUCCCAAACCCCUGCAACUCCCAAAACCCCUGCACCACCCAAACCCCUGCCACUGUUCCAAAACCCCUGCAACUCCCAAACCCCCUUGCACUCCCAAACCCUCAUACCUCUUGAAACCCUACCAGCUUCCCAAACCCCUUGCACUCCCAAAACCCCUGCACUUCCCCAAACCCAGCUCCUCGCAGCUCUCCAAACCUGCACUCCCAAACCCCUGCACAGACCCAAACCCUCUGAGCGCCACUCCGCCAAACCCACGCAAUCGUGCACUCCCAACCCCUGCACUUCCCAAACCUCCCUGCACUCUCCUCGAAAACAGCCUGCGAUCUAUCCUCCCAACUCCCUCUGUCUCCACUACCGCAAGAACCCUGCAAUUCCCAAAACCCUUUGCACUCCCAAUACCCUGCGGCACUAACCAAAUCCCUUGCACUCCCAAACCCCUGCCACACGCCAAAGCGCCCUGCACUCCCAAAAUCCCUUCGACUUUACCCAAAAUCCUCCCGAUAUCCACUUGCCUCAAAUCCCUGCACUCCCAAACCCCACUUUGCCACUCCCCAAACCCCCUGCACUCCCAAACCCCUGCACUUCCCAAACCCUGCCACACCCAAACCCCUGCACUCACACCUAAACUGCACUCUCCGCUCCCAUAA